CACCCUGGUUCCGAGUCUCUCAGCACUCUGAUUGUACCAGAAAUCGGAAACCCUAAUCCCUUGCUGAUUUUUGAAGCUUUUCCCAAAUCCUCCAUAUACUUCUCAGGGUUGAGGAUAAACUUUCUCCCAAUUGUUAAGAAUCGAAGCCUUUUAAUAGUUGUUGGUAAUGCUACUAGGGUAACCUAUUCAAGAUCGGAUUUUCUACUGGUUGGGACCCACAAAAUGCCGGCAUUAAUCUCAUCGAGGUUGCUCCUUUUCGGAGGGUCACUUCCCUUCCAAAAGUUAUCACAUGUUUCUAGGAAAACUUGGUUGCAUAGCGGUGUAACGGUUAGGCAUCAGGUUGAUCGUGACCAUGGGCCUCUCACUCUGGCAAGUGUUGGAAUUAAAAGUGUUAUUGAAACUACAGAACCAGCAGAAACAGAAAAGGUUAAACGGCUGAAUUCUCGUCCUGAAGUUCCCAAAGGGAAGAAGGCAGUUAGAAGCAAUGUAAUCAAGUCAGCUGGGAAACAAAAGACGGUUGAAAUAGAGGCUGCACCAUUUGCAGCCAAGUCAUUUUCUGAGCUUGGCCUUUCACAAACUCUAAUAGAGAGGUUAGAGAGUGAGGGAUUCAUGACUCCAACCGAUGUUCAGUCUGCAGCAAUUCCGCUGAUUCUCAAAGGUCAUGAUGCUGUCAUUCAGUCUUAUACGGGUUCUGGGAAAACACUGGCGUAUCUGCUUCCUAUACUCGCUGACGUGGGCCCUCUGAAGAAGAAAACUUCUGGUGGAGGUGGAGAACCUGGGAAGAAAACAGAUAUAGAAGCAGUUGUAGUUGCUCCUUCUAGGGAGCUGGGAAUGCAGAUUGUUAGGGAGUUUGAGAAAAUAUUAGGCCCUGCAAACAAAAGAGCUGUUCAGCAGCUUGUUGGGGGUGCGAAUCGAUCACGGCAGGAAGAAGCUCUCAAGAAAAACAAACCUCUCAUUGUUGUUGGGACUCCUGGUAGGAUUGCGGAGAUCAGUGCUGCUGGGAAACUCCACACUCACGGAUGUCAAUACUUGGUCUUAGACGAGGUCGAUGAACUCCUCUCGUUUAACUUCCGAGAGGACAUGCACAGGAUUCUGGAACAUGUAGGUAGCAGAUCAGGCUCUGACCCGCGUGAAUCAAAAAGCUCCCUUGCCAAGAGGGUUGAGCGCCAAACUAUUUUAGUGUCAGCAACGGUUCCAUUUUCAGUCAUAAGAGCGGCAAGGAGUUGGGGCCACGAUCCACUUCUUGUCCAAGCCAAGAAAGUCAUUCGUCUAGAAUCCGUCCCGCAAACUGGACCCAUCAUUCCGUCCAAGCCUACAACCAGUUCAAGUUCAUCCUCAAAUCUUCAGGGCCCGCCAGCAGUGGAGAGCCUGCCUCCCUCUCUGAAGCAUUAUCAUUGUGUCACAAGGUUACAACACAAGGUUGACACGUUGAGAAGAUGUGUUCAUGCUCUUGAUGCCAAGUCCGUUAUAGUUUUCAUGAACCACACGAAGCAGUUAAAGGAUGCGGUCUUUAAGCUAGAGGCUCGGGGAAUGAGCGCCAUGGAGCUACAUGGGGAUCUUGGCAAGCUUGCUAGGUCAACAACUAUGAAGAAAUUCAAGAGAGGGGAAGUGAGAGUUCUCGUUACAAACGAACUGUCAGCUAGGGGUUUGGAUGUGGCGGAAUGUGAUCUUGUAGUAAAUCUAGACCUGCCCACAGACUCAAUUCACUACGCACACCGAGCCGGUCGGACUGGCCGGCUCGGCAGGCCAGGCACAGUCGUAACAUUGUGUGAGGAGCCAGAAAUUUUUGUUGUGAAGAAGCUGCAGAAGCAGCUUGGUGUCCCGAUUCCUGCUUGCCAGUUUAUAGAAGGCAAGCUUAUUGUGACAGAAGAUGAGAAAACUACACAGCCUCUUAGUUAAUAGGACUAAUUUGGAGGGUCAAUGAAGCGAGCCUUUUUGUUUAUUUUGUUUUUUGUUUUUGUAUUUUUAGUUGUUUUUCUUGGGAUUUUAUAUUUACUAGCCCUUUGCAUACUUGGUGAAUAUAGGGUAUGUUUGUUUUAUGGGUUUAAA